CGGUGGCGCGACUCCACCCCUUGCGUCGAAUCAUCCCUGACCAUAAGCGACGCAAUGUCUCCUAAAUUUCGACGUGACUUUACCCAGUCGGCAACGACGUGUAAAAUCUGGCUAAUUGAGUCCAUAGGAUCUGUUAGCCUUUUUUCUUUACUCCCAAUCGAGUAAUCUUUUAUUUAUAUCGUGAAAUCCUUUUGGGUUGGGAUCCGCACAAUGUAUUUUUUUCUUCACAACACCGUAUACACUUUCUCUCUCUUCUGAUCUUUUAUUAUUUAUCAUUUAUUAGCUCAACCUCUCGCCUCCCCUCCCACCCUCUCACUUCCACUCUCGCUUUCCCCCUCGCACAUUUCCCAGCCGCACGCCCCCCUCUCGCUUCACUCUAUUUUCUUCAGUCUUUGGUUCACAGCCCAGCGCCCGCCGCUUGCCCCCCAUGCCUGCCACCCAACCUUUGUCGUUCUCGAUUCAUCGGCAAGUCGCGAUUCCACCAGCUGCCCGUCUCUCUCCUCUUUUAGUUUCAGUUGCUUGUCUCCUCUGUCUCAUCUUCUCCAAGGUCUGAAGUACCUUCUAUUGUAAGAGCUUGACUGGGUGUGAAAGAUGUCAAAAUUACGAGCACUCUGGAAAGCCUCUGUAAAUACAACAAAAAGAGCUCUCGCUUGGAAUGUUGAGGAGUGGAUACCACCUACUGAAAAAUACAUAUUCAACUUCAAUUCCAAGCAAGAAGUUAAGAAAUGGCAUUUAUAUUCAGAUUCUGAAUAUGGAGGAUUGUCUUCAGCAUCUUUGGAAAUCAGUGAAACUGGAAAUGAGCUUCGCGGAGUAUUCUCUGGGAACCUCUCCUUGGAUGUAAGUGGGAAUUCAAAAUGGAACAUAACCAGGAGUGGGUUUUGUGGAAUGCGCUCCAAAAAGUUUGAUGGCUUUAUCGAUUUGGAUUUGUAUGAUUCGAUUGCAAUGAAAGUUAAAGGAGAUGGACGAUGCUAUAUAUCCACUAUUUAUACAGAGAAUUGGGUAAACUCACCAGGACAGGAGGAAGAUAAUUCCUGGCAAGCAUUUAUUCUAGCGCCUAAAGGCGAUUGGUAUAUUGCCAAGAUUCCUCUUGAUCGAUAUUUACCAACAUGGAGAGGGAAUGUAAUAGAUUCGGAGUUGGAAAUGAAUCCAUCCCGUAUCGUUGGCUUGUCUUUAUCGGUUAAUGCUGCUGCUGGCGUCCCUGGUGCUACAUCUGGCCCUGGUGACUUUAAAGUGGAGAUUGAUUGGAUCAAAGCCUUGAGAACUCAGUGAGUCAGUUUUGGUUUUCUUACAUAUCGGGAAAAACUUAGGUCCGUUUGAUAAUCAUUUUGUUUUUUAUUAUUGUUUUAAAAUUUAAGUCUAUGAGUACUACUUCCACUUCCAAAU